AUGACCACUAACUGUCAUCCUCAUAGAUCCGAUCCUAAGUCUGAGUUCGUCAUCGUUCACAACGGUAUUAUUACCAACUAUAGAGCUAUCAAAACUUUAUUAUUAUCGAAAGGUAUGAAAUUUGAAUCCGAAACUGAUUCAGAAUGUAUCGCUAAGUUGUUCAAACACGUCUAUGAUUCUAACAUGAAAGCCGGUUACGCUUUGGAUUUGAACGAAUUAACCAAGCAAGUCUUAUACGAAUUAGAAGGUUCGUAUGGUUUAUUAGUUAAGUCAACACACUACCCCGGUGAAGUUUGUGGUACUAGAAAGGGUUCUCCAUUAUUAGUUGGUGUUAAGACCGACAAGAAAUUGAAGGUUGAUUUCGUUGAUGUUGAAUUCCCUGAAUCAAACCCAGAUCAAGCUCCAAUUUCUAACAACACUACUGCUCAAGAUUUAGGUCUUUUGCCAGUUGCGCAUGGUGAAUCUAACUUGAGAACUUCUCAAUCCAGAGCUUUCUUAGCUGAUGACAACUUGCCAAUGCCAGUUGAAUUUUUCUUAUCUUCUGACCCUGCUUCUGUUAUUCAACACACUAAGAAGGUUUUGUUCUUAGAAGAUGAUGAUAUUGCACACAUCUACGACGGUGAAUUACAUAUCCACAGAGCUAAGAAAUUAGCGGGUGAUUCAACCAUCAGACAAAUUCAAACCUUGGAAAUGGAAUUAAAUGAAAUCAUGAAAGGUCCUUACAAGCAUUUCAUGCAGAAGGAAAUUUUCGAACAACCUGAAUCGACUACUAACACCAUGAGAGGAAGAAUUGAUUUCGAGAAUUCGAAUGUUUUAUUGGGUGGUUUGAAAUCAUGGUUACCUACUAUUAGAAGAUGUAGAAGAAUCAUUAUGAUUGCAUGUGGUACUUCUUACCAUUCAUGUUUAGCUACUAGAUCCAUUUUUGAGGAAUUGACCGAAAUUCCCGUCGCAGUUGAAUUAGCAUCAGACUUCUUAGAUAGAAAGUCUCCUGUUUUUAGAGAUGACACAUGUGUUUUUGUCUCUCAAUCUGGUGAAACUGCUGAUUCUAUCUUAGCUUUACAAUACUGUUUAGAAAGAGGUGCAUUGACUGUUGGUAUUGUUAACUCUGUUGGUUCAAGUAUGUCAAGACAAACACAUUGUGGUGUUCAUAUUAAUGCCGGUCCAGAAAUCGGUGUUGCAUCUACCAAAGCAUACACUUCUCAAUACAUUGCCUUGGUGAUGUUUGCUUUAUCCUUAUCAAACGAUUACAUUUCUAAGGCUAAUCGUCAUAAGGAAAUCAUCGAAGGAUUGCGUAAAAUCCCUGAACAAAUUAAGACUGUUUUACAGUUGGAAGAUAAGAUUAAGCAGUUAUGUGACAGUAACUUGAACGACCAGAAAUCUAUGUUAUUAUUAGGUAGAGGCUACCAGCAUGCUACUGCCUUAGAAGGUGCCUUAAAGAUUAAGGAAAUUUCUUACAUGCACUCUGAAGGUGUGUUAGCUGGUGAAUUAAAACACGGUGUCUUGGCUUUAGUUGAUAGUAAAUUACCAAUCAUUGCUUUUGCUACUAGAGAUUCUUUGUUCCCAAAGGUUCUUUCUGCUAUUGAACAAGUCACCGCCAGAGACGGUAGACCAAUUGUCAUUUGCAACGAAGGUGAUGAUGUCAUUGGUGGAAGCAAGGCAUUGGCUACAUUGCACGUUCCAUUGACUGUUGAUUGUUUGCAAGGUUUAUUAAACGUCAUCCCAUUACAAUUAAUGAGUUAUUGGUUAGCUGUUAACAGAGGUAUUGAUGUCGAUUUCCCUCGUAACUUGGCUAAAUCGGUUACUGUCGAAUGA